AAGACUAACUUUCACUGUCAGUCAAUAAUUGGUGCUAUGAGGGCAAGAUGAGAUGCGUUGCGAGUUCCUUUCCUGACCAAUUAGGAUAAAAUGUAAGGGGAGAAAACUAUUUUCUCGUUAUUAAGGACGUCCUGCCUUGCACUAAUUAAUCGUGGAUUAGGGAUAUAUUAAUUACUAUAGAAGGAGUACAUUCUUCAUACAACUUGGCUGGAGGGAGGUUGCGUCCGAACAGGUCUUCCAAAGGCUUCACUCUCCUAAAGAUAAAAACUAUGAGUAGAAGCUGAGUGCAUGUCCAUCGCUGGGUUGAAGGUCUGCUUUCAAUGCCGGGACUGAUUCGUUGAGGACUAACAAUAAGUUGUGGAUUAUAUGUCUUAUGAACAUUUUAUGGCCAGAACAGAUUUGAAGUUAGGAAACUUUGGAAGGCGGAGUCAGCUGAGAUAGUAUUUAUCGGUAACCAUGGAAACUUGUCUUAUUUUGACUUCCUUGGUUUAUAUUCUGGUGCUACCUACCGUGUACUGCCAAGUACAAUCGUUCCGUGUCAAACCCAAUGAUACUAUCGUCGUGCAGGGACAAACAAUCAUCUUAAAAUGUGAAGUUGAAAAUCAACAGGGAAGAGUGCAGUGGACCAAAGAUGGAUUUGCAUUGGGUUUUUCACGUGAUGUCCCUGGUUACUCAAGAUACUCGAUGGUAGGCGACGAGUCGCGAGGCGUUUACAACCUAAAGAUUGUGAAUGUUGCCCUCGGUGAUGAUGCGCUGUACGAGUGCCAGGUGGGACCCUCGUCCGGCCAUCCUCCCAUCAAGACCAGGGCGACUCUAUCUGUUGCAGUUCCUCCCGAUGUGCCUGUGAUUAGCGGCCAAUCCAAUGGCUCCAUUAUCGAAGUCUUACCAACGCAACGCACCCUCGAACUCAUCUGUGAAUCACGCAAUGGGAAACCUGCAGCAACUAUUACGUGGCUUCGGAACGGCAAGAAAAUCACGACAGACGAAAUAAAAUACUCAAUUCAGGAUACUCCGAAUAAGCGACAGAACGCCAGGAGUGUCCUGACGAUAAAACCUAAACGGGAAGACAAUGGUGCCACGUAUUCUUGUCAAGCGAUCAAUUUUGCGCUCAGCAAACCGUUGGAGUCGGUCGUCCUGUUGAGCGUUUUACAUCCUCCAAGCCAUCCGGUGAUAACUGGUUACAAGUCAGGUGAUGUCGUCCGAACAGGUGACAGGUUGACCCUGUCCUGUACAUCACGUGGUGGAAACCCACUCGCCACAGUCAUCUGGUACAAAAAUGGCAAGGAGCUGGAUGACGUCUAUGACAAAAAGAUGAUCAAUAUGGCGGUGAAUAAGUUGGAAUUGACGGCACAACAGUCAGAUAAUUUAGCCAAGUAUUCGUGCAUUGCUAAGAAUGUUGUGACGGAGAGUCCUAUGGAGGCAUCAGUUGUCUUGUCUGUGCAGUUCGCCCCAGAGAAAGUCGUAAUCACCGGUGAAACCGGAGCAAAAGCCGGUGAAAGCAUCACGCUCACAUGCGAGACAACUAACAGCAAUCCUGCAUCCACCAUAAAGUGGUUUGCGAAAGGCCGCCAGCUAGGUGGUGACUCGUCAAGUAUCAUCCCGUCGCCAGAUGGUGGAUUCAUCACACGGUCGCAAGUCACGGUAAAGCUGUCGGACUCGGAGAACAAGGUGAUAUAUACGUGUCAGGCAACGAGCAGUGGGCAGACCAUGGCGGUGGCUGAUAGCGUCACGUUGGAGGUACAAUAUCCUCCUGAAAAACCUGUCAUAUCCGGCUACAAGAUUGGGACACCAAUCAACGAGGGCAACAUCCAGCGCCUCACGUGCGUGUCAGUUGGCGGCAAUCCGCACGCCACCCUAACGUGGUGGAAGGGCAACACGGAGCUGCAGUCAAAGAACACAAUUGUGGGAAAUAUCGCGAGCAGCGAAUUGUCGAUAAAGGCAGUGUCUUCGGACAAUAUGGCGGAGUAUCGAUGCAACGCGACGAAUCCUGCAACCAGUGAACCUUUGAUCAGUACAGUUGUGUUGACGGUUUACUUCCCACCAAAGUCCCUUACAGUCACCACCGAACCCACUGUUGGCAAAGCCGGGAAACAGAUGAAGAUUAUCUGUGAGACUGAGAGUUCAAAUCCGCCAGCACAAAUCACGUGGUGGAAAGAUGGCCGAGAAUUAGUCGGGCGGGGGAAAAAUAUCGGCAUCAUCGACGGUGCGUAUGGUGGGAAAAGAACGAGGAAUUCGCUGACAUUGAGGGUGGAUGAAGAUGACCAUGAUAGUGAGGUCUCUUGUGAGGCCUUGAACGAUGAGUUGGAAAUGUCCACCAACAGAAGGGUUCUGAUAAGUGUGUUGUUUGCGCCAAAAUUCCCGAAAGACACUGCCAAGAAAGUGAGCAUCCAGGAAGGCAUGAACUACAUCCUCAAUUUGACAGCAAAGGCAAACCCUAAGAACACCUCAUACACCUGGUACAAAGAUGGCGUCAAGCUCGUCACGUCAUCAUUAUGGCCGAAUAUCGUACCGAUCGGCCCCAUUUUGAAUAUGACGAGUAUUCGGCGGUCGAACGGCGGGAAAUAUCUUUGCAUGGCGCUAAAUGACGAAGGGAGUGGUAAUAUUACCAUCAACGUGGAUGUACAAUUCCCCGCCGAAAUCUCCCGCCUCACUACUCCGGUCUACGUCGACCAGGGACAGACGGCUGCAAUCGACUGUGAGGCAGAAGCGAACCCGAUCACGGACGACAUCAUCACGUGGAGUCGCCCUGGAUACAACAUGAACAAGACGCUAACGAAUACGAUCGGUGGCGCGUCGAAACUUAUUGUGUAUAAUUCGUCGAAGAAAGACAGUGGGAAGUUUCGUUGUACGGCAAAUAACGGGAUCGGAGACUCGUCUUCUUUCGAUGCGGAGUUAGUCGUCAAAUAUCCACCAGAGAUUGACAAGUCUGAACGCCACAUAAAGUUUGCCGCAGCGAAAGGAACAAGAGGAGAGUUGAUUUGUCGAGCAGAGGGUGCUCCUGUUGUCACGUUCUUUUGGACGAGGAAUGGUGAAGAUAUUAUACCACGUUAUGGUUCAAGAUAUGAAUUGGAGGGUAAAGAAAUCGACUGGACACAUCACUUAGGUUACCUGUACAUUUCCAAUGUGACUGACUAUGACUAUGGCAUGUACCAUUGUCGGGCCGUAAAUAGCUUAGGAAAGGAUACAGUAGCCAUUAGCUUUGAGACGACAACGCGACCAGAUCCCCCAGAAGAUCUGCGCCACGUGAAUUCAACCCACGAUUCCAUCACAGUGAUGUGGACAUCGGGAUUCAAUGGUGGGCUGUAUCAGUGGUUCAGGAUCAAGUAUGAGGAGACACGCUCUAUGGAUCCACCGCUCCUUAUCAACGUCAAUCCGCCAAGCGCGAACAUGUUUACUGUGCCAGGUCUCAAAUUUGCCACAGAGUACACCCUGUAUGUGCAGGCCAUCAACAAAUUAGGUGAUAGCAGGUUCAGCCAAUCUGCAAAAUGUUCUACUUCAAGUAUUCCUCCAAAAGAUGAGCAAAUCGCUCAAGGGGACGAGGUCCCCCUGUUAAUCAUCGUUGCCGUGUGUGCCGUGGCGAUGGUGGUGCUAGGACUUAACGUCUGUUUAAUAUUAUACCUGAUCAGGAGGCGGAAACGUAAGAUGCAGAAGGGGACACCCCCUCAAAAAGAAGCUGAGCAUGAUAGCCAGUCGAAUACUAUAGAGAUGUAUGCACCCCCUGGCAGCGGGAAUGUGUACCCUAAUCCUCUACCGGAGGACACAAAAACUUAUAGCAGUUACGAUCGAAGUUUAGACGAUUUUAACGACGAUUUGUACAAAAGUUAUCAUGAUGAUGAGUCGGACGACACAAUAGUCUGGUUUCCCCGACCAGAUUUCAGUAAGUCCACCUGCUUUCGAAAAUAUGGUGGUCCGCUAGUCGUUCCUGAUGAAACUUAUCCUCUAAAAGGUGGCGGUCCGUAUAGUCCUGCGAGGUCGGAUAUUUCUAGUACCGGCACCGAUAGUCCUCACGCGUCGUUAAUUAAUUCUAAGAGUAAAAAGACUUAUAUUGACGAUUCUAUAGUUGCUAGUAAUAAAGUGUAUAAUAAAGCAGGAUCGCUACCUAGGAAUCAUCAUACGAACGGGCCGAUAGAAAAUGAUUAUCAUGAUACUGUCUCAAAAACACGGUCGCUAAAGCGUGAUCGCGAAGAUGCAAAUAGGAACUUUUCAACUUUCCAGAACCACACGGGCCAGAACCACCAGAAUCACAUCAAUCGGACGAAAACUCCGCCACCUCCCCCAGUCCGCUCAACCUCGCACCCAAGGGGCCCGCAUCCGGCACCACCACCAUAUGCGAACGAGGCUCAGUCAUCACAGCGCCACCUGACGCCACAAUCUGGUACUUACAGUCGUCACCAUGAAUAUCUCUGCUGAUUACACGCUAUCGUAGGAAUGUAAAUAAUGGCUCUGUGCCCCCGCCACCACGAGAAAUCAUGGCACCAAGUCAACUAGGACGGCCUCAGAUCUACCAGAUGCAAGGUGCGCUUGUCUAAUUCAUGUGAUGGACGCAAGGGAGUGUAUGGAAUUAUCGCACAUCACACAACGAGAUUCGAAUUAUCGGGAGAAAUUCUUAGCAGAUUUUAGACAACUGACUUCCACACCAUUACUGUCCUCGGUUGAAAUUAGGUUUAUCUGUGAAGAAAUCAACAAGGUGGUUCAUCAAAGGUAUGUGGCGCUAACACUGAAAAUGCUUCUAAUAUCAACCCAAAGAUGAUUGAUUUAUCGUGAGAAGAAAUUGAAAACUGUGUAGUUCCAGAACUAACUGAUUUCGAACUUCAGUGGUACCGAUCUGGCAAAAAUGUUCCUAGGUGAGGGAGUACUCGAUACCCCAUUGAGUUAAUUUCAUCGACAUUGUUUUCAAAUUUCAAAUUGGAAUCAAAGUAAAAAUUUUAGGCAUUGAAAUCAUGAUCAAACUUUGUCAUAAUUUUCAGAGGACAGGUUUUUCUUCUCGGCAAUCUCACUCAGUUCUUAGGGUUAAUACUAGAUGGGACUAAUGUGCAAGUACAAAUUCAUGAAAAUCGACAUGGAAGGAUUUACCCACCGCCAUCUGGAUCAGACCGUGAUAUUUUUGAGGCUGAUGGUUAUUUUUAUAUCGAGAUUACGAAUUAUUUUCAAACUCAAGUUCAAUCUUCGAAGAUUAUCAAUAUGUGCAUGUGUGUGUUCUUGUCUCUAAUGGCUUUGUGUUAACACAGACUAAUUAAGCCAAAUUGGACUAAUUUGUUUAUCAAAUAUGACUCGAUAUUAUGCAGAUAAUUUUGUGUCAAACGUUGACAUUUGUAUCUUUUUAUAUGAAAAUGUAAAUGUACUAUGUAGUCAAUGAGUGGCUGUUUGGUCGCUAGGUAUUUUGCAUGUUGCUACGGCAAUGAUGUUACCAUCGAUACUAAUCACUCAGCUUGAUUGUUAUGUGUUACAGCAUUGAAAAUGUUGCUUUGCGAUCAAUGCUAUGAUGAUAAUGAUGAUAUGAUGAUAUAACUUUUGUUCCCUUGAUGUUUUAUAGUGGAUCGAGGGUAUCAGGAAUUUGUAGGAGAUGUUCUGCCUAAAUGGCCGUAUUGAUUGAAAUUCAUACAUAUAACUGAUUUACUCAUAUGUUUGCAUAUUUUUUUGGAAGUUUUUUUCCAGAGUGGAAAUUCUCCUAAUUCAUAUUAUGUUCCCUUGCUGAGAUCAGGGCAAGAAGCCAGAGUCACAUGAUUCUUUGAUUUAACAAAGGUCUCCACUCGCUUUGAUCAUACUUGCUCGUUCAUGCAUACUCGCUCCAGUAGAGUGAUGAGAAAAUUAAUCUUCGGACUGAACCUCAUCAUCUUCUGUAGUAAAAGGCUUUUUAAUGCUAUGUUGUGUUGCCUGACAACAGUAGUCAUGGGGAGCAUUUACCAUUGUUGCUAUGGCUUUCUUAGCAACUGAUGCUAUGGACACCUUGCUACUGUUGCUAUGGUACUUUCGUUGUGAUUUUGAUUUUAUUCAAAGGAAUGUGUGUGUAUAAUAUACAGUAGAACCUGGCUAGUAAGGACACCCUCGGGACUGACUUGGUGUCCUUAAUAGAGAGGUGUCCUGAUUAGAGAGGUCAAAUAGGAUGGAAACAACCAAUUCGUGACCAAAACUAGUGUCCUUAAUAGAGAGGUGUCGGCUAAGAGAGGUUCUACUGUAUUUAUAAUAAUAAUUUGAAUAUUUGAACUGAAUUUGCUAGUUGCCUGAGGGCUAAAAAUCAUGUCGAAGGGCUGAUUUCCAUAGAUUCUGUUGAUAAAGCCUUAGCUCUUAAAGAGGCCACCUACUGAAGAGAUUGCAUACUAAUUGUAGGUGCUCUGUAGAAUAGACUGACUUUCUUAUGAUGGCAUUUAUGAUUCAAUGCAAUUAUAUUUUGCACACCUUAAAAAGAUGCAUGUCUCAAAUGUUUACGUUUCGUUGCUCGAGGGCUUAUCAGGUUGACAUUGAUCAUUUAAAAUACAAGUGUAUUGAAAACACUUCCAUCAUAACCACUAGAAAAGUAGACCCUGUACAUUUUUAGACUUGGGAAUUGUAAGUUUUCUGUUAAAGGCCUGCACACUUUUUCCAAGACUCAUAAAAAUGUUACGUCAACAAAUAGUGUCACCUUUAAUGAAUUACCAUCUCUUUGCUUCCUUUAUGUGUUAAAAAGGUAGUUAUAAUGAUACGUGUGUCGAAAAAUGUUCAAUAACUGUUGGAUGUUAAGCCAUUAUUGCACUUCCAGCACUAAAACAAGUGAUUUUAUCAAUGCGUAUUGCAGUCACAGUUACAGUGUAGUUCAAUUAUGAAAGUAAAAAUUUAAAGGGAAUCUACAGGCAGCAGCUUAGUGGGCAAGAAUAAGCUACAUGAAAGUGCCAAUAGGGGUCUCUCCUAUUUCACAGUAUUUCGAAACCAUUUACAGUGGGAAAAUGCCACAGUUGGAGCUUCUGUGAAAUUUUGAAUGCAAAUUACCAUAAUACAAUGUCAGCAAUGACAAAAUGAUGUUAAUCUGUUGACAUAACCAGAACUAGAACUAUUGACAUAACCAGAACUAUUGAAAAGCUCGUUCACUUUUGAGUAAUUUUGUCCAUUACAUUGUGUGGAUCAUUUAACUGCAUUUAUCCUGCACCCGGGGCGUCUUGAGCAUUUUAACUAGAAAUGGCAGCUUUCCAGGCAUCAAUGUUGGCUGUAUGUCUUUACGUUCGUUGUUUUCCAGACACAAAGACAGUAAAAGAAUAGGUAUAAAAAACAACUGCUUUUUGCUACUGGCCGCUCGCUAUACAUGUAUCUCGGAUAUCUCCUAGCUGUUAAGGUAACCAAUCAAAAUUCGAGAGAUAAUCUCCAAAUUGUGCAAUUUUGUAUAAUCUACAUCACGUUAUGUAUUCACAUAUUUAUUUUGUACAAAAGAAUAGUAUUAGCUUAGAGUUGUGGUGUUUGUAAGAAGUGCAUCUAGUUCUUUGUAGUUUUCAAGUUGACAUAUAGAUGUCGUGGUAUUUUUUACAAGCGCUGCGAAAGAAUUCUAGAGUUCAAAAUCUAGACUAAAGGCAGUUUAAUAGAGUGUCUUCAUUUAAUGCAAUGUAUACUCUGUGCUCUUUUUGGCAUGUUCACGUUCAAAAGUCUCAGAGUUUCCAUAAAUAGAGGGCACCACUAGGAUGAUAAAAGUCUGGAGCUACAUUUCCCAAACCCUGCCACUUGGCAACCCCGCAAAUUGCUUGUCUACAUCCUAUUGUUCACUGGCCACCAGGCAAAAGAUUUGUGCGGUUACAAAGUCGAGAGGGUUUCAAAGUUACAGCCCUUGAAUCAUCAACAUUUUCACUUUUAUAUAGUCAUUUUCAAGGAGAAGUUCGAAGAAUUGUGGAACCUCCCUUAGCGGACACCUCUCCAUUAAGGACACUAGGUUUGAUCCCCAAUUGGUUGUUUCCAUUCAAUUUGACCUCCCUAAUCAGGAAACGUGGCAUCUGAAUAUUGUUUCGAAGGUGAAUCUUAGUUAAUACGGACAUGGAUAGUCACAUUACAUAUAUCGAAUAUUUUACUUAAUUUUCAUUGCACUGAGGUAAGUUACUGUAUAUUUUGGUUGUUGGCUACUAGAAAAGGGAUCAAGAAGGGUAUUUAACUAAUCUCUCCAAUAUCGAUUAGUCUUUUGUUUAAUUCUCAAAGCAACAUGUCUGAUUGAUUUCAUCUUUUGUUUAAUUCUUAAGGCAACAUGCCUUCUUGGUGCUAACAAUCAGAACUAUGUCAGUUGAAAUGUUGUGGAUGCCAGUAUUGCUUUAGGCCUAUGUAAAUCAGUGAAAGGAAAGCUUAUCAACUUUCGGUAUUUCUGACAAGCUUGGAGUGUACAUUCAGUAGACUUGGGCGUCACAUCCAGAGUCUCAUCAAGGAUCAUGAUCGUUGAUGGUUACAUAAGAGUUGUUGCUGUACCUCAAAUUGUAUUGAGAUGGGGACCACCACAACCUUUCCAGAAUAUGGGACAGCGUCUUUGAGUCACAUGGUUGCCGUUAGGUCGCUAAUGCCAGCGAUGAAGCUUCCGGUUGGGAGUAAAAGCUUCGAGUAGGUUUCUCCUCCUUAGACCCCUUUUGUGGUGACUAAACAAAACUGAUUGAUUGGAGUAGGAAGGAGACUUCAGUAGGGUAUGUGUUCAUGACAUGUCAUUGAUAAGUCUUACAUAUGUCUGAAUCAGUAUUUAAACCAUAACAUGUACAAUGUACCUCUGUCUCAAAGCGUUGAGCAACGCGCAAAUGAGCAUGUUUAUUCACUGGGGCCUGCGAUGAUCCGAUAACAACAUGACAAAUGUGGUAAGAAUUGCAUCUGCCAAUUGGUUAAAUUGCAAUCACUUGUCAUAGCUCUGUCACAGGUUGUAGCAACUAAAAUUGUUUGUUUGCGUGGCGGUUCAGGCUAAAAACACGGGCGUUAUAUCUAACUGAACAUGCUGGAUAAAGUCAGCAAGAUUACUAGAAUUCUUCCUAAGUAUUCUUCAAGAAGAAGACCACUACAUGUUAUUCACUUCAUUGUAACAGCUUAAGUGCAUGGAUAAUUAGACAAUACCUGCACACAGGGUAGAGGGUUGGGGUGGAUAAAAUGUGUGCUUGAUUAUUCUGCAGCAAUUUGUGGAAUAAUCAGUAAUAUUUUGUCCAUUUAUCAAUUCAUGACUGAUUUCCUCAUAUGCUUGUAUAAUGUUGACAUCUUUUGGUGGCAUGACAUCUUUUGGUGGCAAGUCCAAUGCCAGACAGCAGUGCAAACACCAACGCACAUCCUACAGGACUGUCCCCUGUACCAGGAUUUACGAGAUAGAUUCUGGCCUAAAGACACGAAGGUCGAAGAAAAGCUGUGGGGAACACAGCCGGACCUUUGGGCGACAAGCCGCUUCAUCUCCGCCACAGGACUGAGGUUAUAGUUUUACUUAGGCAGGUUGAACGCUGAAGAAGAAGAAGGUGGUGAGCCUCAUGUUGAAAAGAUUUUGUAAUAUAAAUGUACAUGUACAUUAUAGCUUAACCUGUGCAUGCAAGUGUUGGAUUUAGGUAGAGUUGACUGCCUUAUUACAUGUAUUUCAUACAUCAUGUGUAAAGGUUUUCCAAGUCAACUUGGGGUGGUGUCACCAAUUGUAAUAUAAACCCCAAAGUUAAAAUAUUUAGUGUAUCUUUCCUCAUCUGAAACAUGUUAGUUUUAACUGUGUGUUACUGUUGAGAUUAGUAAUCAUGGAAGAGUACAGUUCUGUCCAAAAGAAAGAUGCUGAACCAUGCAGCACCUGCUACAUGCAGUCAUGUUAAUGUAUUAAAGCUUCAAGACCUAGAAUCAAAAUCUUGACCCUGAAUGUAUUGACAUUGCUCAGCUUCCAGACAGCGCGCAUCAAGGACCUUGAUGAAAAGUACAGCAUGCAUUUACAUGCAAUCUAUUUCCAAAUGAAGUUAGCGUGAUGUCACUGACCAUCGCUGUUGCUCGUGCAGCGGUCUGAUAUCUUGACAUGUGUAGCAUGCCCCCCCCAUGAGCACCCCUGGUGGAUCUGUCCCAAACAAUACACAAACUGCUGUAGGCCCUAUUGAGUGACGCGGCAUCCUCCUCCUCCCCAUUGAGUCCUUAGAACCAGGAUUUUGUACACAAAACUAAAUACAGUGAUUAUUAAUGCAUGUUUCUAAUAUUGUGUAGACGUUAAUAAACUGGUUGAGCAUAGGCCUAUCACAUGUAAAAAAGGCCGUUUGAACACCCCUCUAUCGACUUAUGCAAGUAUCAAUUCGUGUCUUGUACCCCCCCUCCUCAAGGGUACGACACCUUAUCACCCUAUAACGACAUCUUAAGGCUCAAGCAUCACCCUUUUUUCACCAAUGCUACUUUUUCUUUCGUCAAGACAUCACCAUCAACAAUAUAUCAGUAUCACCGUCAUAUAAAGUAACCGAACUUAUUUUACUGGGUAAGGCUGUAUGUUCGACAAGACAUCGACACAUUAGCAUCCUUCGCCAAAUUUUCACUAAAGGAAAAAUAAAUACUACUCAAGCAUCGGCAAAGAUUAGUGGUGAUAGCUUAACUACCCUUGAGGAGGGGGGGGGGGGG